GAGGCGCCAGGAUCAUGGCCGGUAAUAGGGCACAUCCCGGUCAUAGGAAGAGGGCCGCAACCGCCCCACGUAAUCUUGGGCAACAUGGCGGACAAAUAUGGACCGAUCUUCACUAUCAAUCUGGGCCAGCACAAAGCUCUCAUUGUGAGCAGUUGGGAGAUGGCUAAACAGUGCUUCACAACAAAUGACAAGGUGUUCGCCACUCGCCCGAAGCACUUGGCGGGGAAGCUUUUGGGGUACAAUUAUUCCAUGUUUGGGUUCAGUCCCUACGGCCCUUACUGGCGCCACGUGCGGAAGAUAGCCACUGUGGAGCUACUCUCGAACCACCGCUUGGAGCUGCUCAGACACGUACGCGAAUCGGAGGUGAAUGCUUGUACGAAAGAUUUAUAUGAUAAGUGGGAGCGAAACGGAGGGGAAUCGGAUUGGGUUUUGGUGGAGAUGAAUAGGUGGUUUGCAGACGUGACGUUGAACAUCAUGUACAGGGUGGUUGUGGGGAAGCGGUUUCUUGGGGCGGCGACAGUAGAGGAGAAGGAAGAAAACGAGAGGUGCCGAAAGGCGUUGAGGGAUUUUUUGAGAUUGAGUAGCGAAUUUGUGGUGUCGGAUAAAAUUCCGUUUCUGAAGUGGCUUGAUUUUGGAGGGAUUGGGAAGGCCAUGAAGGCGACGGCUAAAGAUCUUGACGUUGCGCUUCAGGGAUGGUUGGAAGAGCACAAGCAAAAGAGGAAUUCUAGGUCUGAGUUAAAUUCUGGGAAUGUGAAGGAUGAGCGUGACUUCAUGGACACGAUGCUUUCCGUCCUUGGUGAUGUCAGUGCAGAAGGGUUUCCGAGUACAACUAUUGCUGAUACAACCAUCAAAGCUACUUGUCUGGCUGCUAUUCUAGGAGGGACGGAUCCCACAACAGCCGUAUUAACAUGGGUUCUUUCUUUACUAUUGAACAACCGUGAAGCCUUGAAGAAGGCUCAAGAAGAAUUAGACAAUCAGGUUGGGAGGGAAAGGCAAGUUAAGGAAUCAGACGUUAAGAACUUAGUCUAUCUCCAAGCAAUCGUCAAAGAAACGCUGCGUUUAUACCCUCCUUCGCCACUCUCAAUACCACAUGAAUGCAUCGAAGACUGCAACGUAGGUAACGGUACUAACUACCAUGUCAAAACAGGCACUCGUCUUCUUGUCAAUAUUUGGAAGAUUCAUCGGAAUCCAAACGUGUGGCUCGAUCCUUUCCGAUUCCAACCAGAAAGGUUCCUCACAACUCACAAGGAUUUUGAUGUUAGGGGACAAAAUUUUGAGUUCAUACCAUUUGGAAGUGGUAGGAGAAUGUGCCCUGGAGUGUCUCUAGGUCUUCAAGUUGUGCAACUUACACUGGCUCAGCUCCUUCAUGGUUUUGAAAUUGCAACUCCAUCAGAUGAACCUGUUGAUAUGACUGAGAGUACUGGAGUAACCAACAUGAAAGCCACCCCGCUGGAGGUCCUCCUCACCCCUCGCCUUCCUGCCAAACUUUAUGAAAUUAAUUAA